UUCCCCCUUGUGGCUUGCUGUGCUUAUCUAAACUCCCACCGACCGGAGGCUGGAUGCAAUUUCAGCACAUUGCUGCCAGUUAAAUGCAGCAUUUCGAAAAUGUUUGUAUUUAGCAACAGAAAGCCAGUGACCAGCUCCUUGGCAGUCCAGGCAGGCGCUGUUUAGGGUGAGCUUUAACUGUGCAGACUCACACAUCCCGUGCACUGUGCCCCUCAUUCAAAUCUUUGGUCUCCUCCCUCCCCUCUUAAAAGUUUCCUCUGAUCGGCUUUGUUACACUUGAAGGUCUAGCAUUAGCUGUGCCGGAGGCAGAGGUGCUCCAGGAGGAGGAGGAGGAGGAGGAGGCAUGUGAAACUGUUGCAUCCUUUUCUCUCUCUCCUUUUUCUUUAAAGGCUAAAGAACUUAAACUUCCUGAAAUUGUUGAAUAGAAGCUGAGCGGACUUUUCUUCUUCCCCCCAGGAGCUGGAAACUGACUAACAGUUCAAGGAAGGCUCCAAAGCCGAGAGAGCAGCAGCACACUUCCUUUAGGGGACUCCCUGGACUUUCCCCGCUCCCCGAUUUGUCUCUCCUGGGAGGAGCCAGCAAAAGGCACAUUGUAAAAAUAAAAACUGGACCGGAGCCAGCAAGUGUAAAAUUCUAAGUGGUGUCGGUCAGAUCGCGUCGGAUAAAGUAGAAACUCCUUCAUUCCGUGAUGUGAAAAGUCUCAGGAGAGAGCUGAAACAUUUCUAGUAGCGGUGGGUUGUUUAAUCUCUUAUUUCCUUCUCCAAAAGCCGCGAUGCCGCCCUAACUUAACAUAAAAAGGGGGGUGAACCCUUGGAUUUGAAGGAAGGAAGCCCAGUGUUUGCCAGAGAACUCACAACCUUGAUACCCUCCUUAGUUUGACCUUCAAGAGGGGAAGACUUCUGGCCCCCUUGACACCUUUCAGUCCAGCUGAAUCUAUGACUGGGGGUUCCACCCUAGCCCCACCCUUUGCUGUCCCAUUCCAGAAAAUGGGUUCAUUUCGAAGGCCCAGGCCUCGCUUCAUGAGCUCCCCGGUGCUCAGUGACUUGCCACGUUUUCAAGCAGCACGACAGGCUUUGCAGCUUAGCUCCAACUCUGCGUGGAACAGUGUUCAAACAGCAGUGAUAAAUGUGUUCAAAGGGGGAGGCUUGCAAAACAAUGAACUUUACACCCUCAACGAAAACAUCAGACGUUUGCUGAAAAGUGAACUUGGAUCCUUCAUCACAGAUUAUUUCCAGAACCAGCUGCUUGCGAAGGGCCUGCUGUUUAUAGAGGAGAAGGUUAAGCUGUGCGAAGGUGAGGAUCGCAUUGAUAUCCUGUCUGAAAUCUGGGAUCACUUCUUCACAGAGACCCUUCCCACACUCCAGGCGAUAUUCUACCCCGUCCAGGGUCAGGAAUUGACUAUCCGCCAGAUUGCCCUGCUCGGCUUCAGAGACUUGGUCUUAUUAAAGGUGAAGUUGGAAGAGAUUCUUCCUCUAGUCCAAACAAAGCUCCCAGCUUCCAUUGUCCAGAUGCUGCUGGUUCUACAGGGUGUCCAUGAACCUACAGGCCCCAGCAAGGGCUACGUACUGCUGGAAGAGCUGGUCAAACAGGUGGUCUCUCCAUACCUGGGCUUGUGUGAGGAUCACAGCUUCCCUGGCGGCACCUGCGCACUCGAGAGACGGUAUUCCAGAUCUCGUCCCAAGGCAAACCUGCUGAGCUACUCUUCCCAUAGCGUGACGGCUCGGCAGCCCAGCGAGACGGCCCUGACGCCACUGACGGAGCAGGAGGGCGAGGCUUACUUGGAGAAAUGUGGCAGCAUCCGUCGCCACACCGUUGCCAAUGCUCACUCGGAUAUCCAGCUCCUGGCCAUGGCCUCCAUGAUGCACACCGGGAUCGUGAUAGAAGAGCCAGACAACAGUGACAAAUGCCUCCUCCUGCAGCCCAGCUUCAGCCACAGGCAAUGCUCCAGUGAGCCCAGUAUCGCAGAUGGGCCGGAAGGACUGGUAGCAACGGGCAGGCAGGAACCUACGGAACUGAACUGCACCUCAAUCAGCUAGAAGGGAUGUCCCCUCCAGGAGAGAUAACCAUGUGCACUAAACCAAAGGAUGUUCCUGCUGGGAAUGGUGGAGAACAUGAGCUUUGGGGAUGUAUUUGCUCAUGUUGUGGGAACGGUCUAUGUUCUCACGUCUCUUGGGAAAGGCACCUUAGAUUUUUCUCUCUGACUUUCUAGGAUCAUUGUCAGUGGAGGUACCAGGCUGCUCCCAGGAGAGCAUUCAGGACUGCAAGGGUUUCAGUGUUAAAUGCCACUGUCUCUGUGUUCUGUAGAGUUUUUUUUUCAACAUCCAAGUUCCACUGCUGUAGCCUCAGAUUCCUUCCCUUUUCUUUUUAGUGAAAGAAAUUAAUCUGAACGUUUUUCAAUCUCAUGCCGAACUCCUUGGUCUCAUUAAAUGGAGCCCUCCUCCAACUCCCAGCAGCAGCUGGAGAGACUGUGCUAAAAGCUCACUUGGUCCUUGGCCUCUGUUGCUAGGGUGGUGAUGCCUGAGGUUGGGUUUUUAUUUUACAUGUAUUGUACUCAGGGAUUAAACUUUGUGAGUCUUGUGGAGAACUCGGCCCCAGAUGCUUUGUGGUUUCUGAGGGUGGAGGAGGGAUUUCCUUUCUUCUUUGCUCCCACUGCAUACAGGGGAGAGACUUCACCUGACUUAGCGAGAAGCCCAAAUCAAAGUGAGCUAAAAAGCUCUGAAUGGUUUUUCCUCUGAGAGUAUUGCCUGUCCAUGUUCAGCCCCAGUGUGCACCCCAAUUUGAGGUCAGUGGAGUCUUAUGGGGAAUAAAUCGGGGCAGGAUUUGGUCCCACAUGCCCUACUUGGGCUUUGGCAUCAGGCGUGCUGUCAGAAAUGUUAGGGUUAUUAGAAUUCCACCAUAAGGAGAAACCGAAACAGGUGGCAUCCAAGAGAAAAGGGGCAAUAUGGUAAGUGAGGGUGUGCUCCUGCAUUCGAAAGGUGACUUGAAAGUGGCUUUUCGAGCCCAGGCAUGCAUGGGUCCAACCCUGGAGCUAACAUGGGGGAAAUCAGCUUUUCGAUUGGUGCCUGAACUUCUAGCUCUUACAGAAUUUAUGAAAUCAAAGAUAACCAUCUGGGUGUAGAUACAGGAACUCUAACUCUGUUUGCAGCUAGGUCUGGGUUUUUUUUUUGUUUUAUCUGGAAAGCUGCAACUUGUCCAGUUCUUAAGCAAUGUUAGUGUCUGUCUGACAGUGCCAUACAGUGAAUUCCACUCUGUCUGUUACAGAGGGACCGGUAGGUACUCCAGAAGCUGCUCCUGUAAGAGUGGAGUCAACCUGCUCCACAAAUCCCCCUAAAUAUUCUGCUGAUGUCUUGCUAAACAGAAUUGUAAGUGUAAUUACAAGCUGCUUUGAAUUUCAGACUCCAUUUAAAAAGGAGACACCUCCCCAUCAUCUCUCAGUGUUGCCUGCCCAUGUUCAGCCCAGAUGUGCACCCC